AGUGCAGGUGAUGAUUCUCCAUUUGACAGGAUGUAGUACAGAGUACAGGUGAUGAUUCUCCAUUUGACAGGAUGUAGUACAGAGUACAGGUGAUGAUUCUCCAUUUGACAGGAUGUGAUAUUUUAUUCCAGUCUUACGAACAGGGAUCACUUAUUGUUGUUGUAUCACUUGGGUUGUUGAAUUAAGAGUUAACUUCAUUAUUUUUUAUGUUUGAUUAUACUUUGAACAUGCUGUAGAUUUGAGGUCAACAACUUCUGCAACAUGGGUGGUGGAUAUCUCUUAAUUGAUGAUGUGACGAGCACUGAGAAGAAGACAAACAGAAUCUUUGUCUUGAUGUUGAUUCUCUGUCUUCACUUUGGACUGGUGAAACAGAACAAGAUCUUCCCACUGGACAUGGCACCUGAUUCCGUUGAUGACAAAUACGAUGGCUGCAGAGACGAAGCCUUUCAGAGGGUGGAUGACUACUACCUCCCACAUGAGAAAAACACCACCACUAACUUCAGAAGAGCCUGGGACAUGGCAGAGAAACAUGCAUCCAUUCCAACAGAUGGUCUGCAAAAAGUGCAUUCCGUCUCUAUGUAUUUGUACACAAAUAACAAACCCCAACCUCCUUCUGAAUCCAUCUACAUAGACUUCAACAAGGCAGUUAGACAAGGCAGGUAUGGUUAUGGAACAUCAUUCCAGUACCAUUCCCUGCACUUCUAUCUGACUGACGCCAUGCAGAUUCUCAAACAAAGUCAAACAACAUGUUGGACCACCUACCGUAGAACCAAUGUAACUUUUGAUCAGGAUGUUGUCAACAAAGAAAUGCGCUUUGGUUAUUUUGCCUCAAGUUCUUUACAUAAGACUUUAUACGAUUUUGGAGACACAUCCUGCUUUGAGAUCAACACAUGUUUUGGUGUUAACUUGACAUAUUACUCUGCAUAUGCAAACGAGGGGGAAGUUUUGAUUCCUCCCUAUGAGGUAUUCAAAGUGACCAACAUCCAGACAAAGUCAGCAGUCAGUAACCUGUGGUGUAAAGUCGUGUACACUCUAAAGAGCACUGGGAAAUGGAAGAGUGACCUGAAUUGUAAAGCAAUAGAUACAGGCUACUGCUACAUGAAGCUACUAACUGUGUUCAUUGUCACAAUAGUGUUCAUAUAUUUACAACACUAAAAUAGUGAUUUUGUUAGACAGUAUAGGCAGCAGCUCUAUAGAGAUGAGAUGAUGACAUGGAAUGACAUACUGAAGUCAUAAAAUAAAACCAAUGUAACAGAAAUAUUUUAUUAAAGUAAUGUGAAUAAAUGUUGGUUAAAACUUAUUAAGUGAUAACAAGUAAUGGUCAGUCACUACCAUCAUGGGACUUUUACUAAUAGUUUUAUUAUGUGUUACAUCAUUCAACCUACAUAACGCAUAGUGUAUUGUUUAAAAAAUAAUACAACUAUUUUUUAUUGUCAAACUGAAACCAAACGAACCUCAAAAAGCACUAAUCGCUCAGCACUACCUCCUAUCGUGGAACCAAAGUGUAUUUUGAUCAGUACAAAAUAUCAGUUUCGGUACCUUCACUUUGAGCACUAUAGGCAAGAAAAUAGGCAGAGAUUCAUUUGGAGCGACGUCCUGCU